AAAUUCUAAAAAGAGAAAGAGACAAAGACGGAAUACGAUAAAGUCACUCACAGUGCGUAUACGUCAUACAGAGUAUACGAAAUAUGCUCUUAACGCGCGGGGAAUGUUUGCAAAUCCUAAGUAAGUUAUUAAAUGUCGAAAACGAAAGAUUGCAUCUCGUAGAUUAUGAACUGGAGAGGGACAAAGAAGCCGUUGGUUAUCUGGGCGAAUAUUAUACGUUGACUUUAAUUUACUGCACUACAGCUUCAAAAACUCAAGUUGAACGAGUUUUUGUCAAGGCGCUGCAACAGCAAAGCGAUGAGGCUGAAAAAGAGUCUAUUUUUCGGAAGGAGGCAUUGUUGUACGAGACACUACUAAAUGAGAUGCAAAAAUAUUCAAGGAUCACAUGGAGCCCCAAAUCAUUUUAUACGCGCUCCGACCUGAUUGUGCUCGAGAACAUGAAACUCAUUGGCUAUUGUGGGGCAGGAAAUACGAUGUUAAGCAUGAAUCAGAUGCAUCAAUUGUUGCGAGCCCUGGCGGCUUUCCAUGCAGCCAGUUUGGUCUAUGAGCAGCGAGAGGGUAUAAAUAUUGGAAAACAAUUUGGUGAAUACUUGUAUGAGAUAACAGUGGCUCCAAAUAUAGACUGGUAUACAACAGGAAUCUCAGCUAUCUUGGCCGUAAUAAAAACACUGCCUCAGUACCAACCAAGCAUGGACUCUCAGCUGGCUGAUGCCGUGCAGAGGGUUUAUGAGCAGAUUUCACCCUCCAGCAAAUAUAGGAAUGUUGUCUGCCAUCGUGAUCUAUGGGCGGCCAAUGUUUUCUUUCCUGCUGAUCACAAAGAUGCGGCGUUACUGAUUGAUUUCCAGACCUGUCGCUACUCGCCACCAGCUGUCGACUUAUGUUUCAGCCUCUAUUUGAAUCUGACAAGUGCAGAGCGACGACGAGUGGAAGUUAAUUGCAUUGAUUUAUAUUAUAAAUGUCUGCAAAAGGACUUACAGGACUUUGGCUUGGAGUCCGCUGAACUGAUACCCAAAUCGGAACUGUUGCAAUCCUACGAAGAAUUUCGGCUUUUUGGAGCUCUAUACAAUGCCUUGGUAGCUACCGUUAUCAAAGUUCCCAGAGAAUUUGUUACGAACGCAUUCAAAUAUGUGGAUCGGAGUGCUGUCAUUCUCGAUUAUAUGAGAGAGAAUCAAGAGUUUAGAGACGUCAUGGAAAAGUGCUGCUUGGAAGUCAUAGAAAUUGCUCUUGUCAAGUGACAUUACCCUCACUCUCUCCCACACACCGAUAAGAUAGAAUUCACUACUCUGUAAAGCAAUGCGAGCGAUAAGCUGUGCACAUAAAUCAUAUAUAUGAAAUAAAUAGCGCACCGACAUUUUAAUGCACUACAUUGAAUAACUAUAAUUUGCUUAAAUUAAUGAAAGUUUGUAUUGAAAACCAAACGAAAUACAUAUGUAUAUGGUUUAAAAUAAAACG